AUGUCUGACUCUCGGAAUAUUCGGGGAGAGUCCUCUAAACGAAAGAGUCACCACGGCUCAACGGAUUUGGCCCCUCGCAAAAAGCAUCACCGUGCUACGACAGAUAACGAUGAAGAUGUUGAGAUGGGAGGCUUCGGGAGCGAUGAUGGAACCCAGGCUCAUUCGAGUCACAAUUCCAAGGCGAAAUUCGCUCCUCGUGAUGACAAGGAAUUCACUUCUGUGAAUGAUCUCAAGAGGCGAAUUCGAGAUGUCAAGCGCCUCCUCAACAAGGGCCGUUUGCCUGCAGAUGCUCGGGUAGUGCAGGAGCGCGCACUCGCAGGAUACGAGCAAGAUCUCGCGGAGGAAACCGCUCGCCGUGAUCGAUCCCACUUGAUCACGAAAUACCAUUUUGUUCGUUUCUUAGAUCGCAAAACUGCAACUAAAAAUCUGAAUCGACUUCUUCGUCGCGAAAAAGAAAAAGACCUCGACUCAAAACAUAAAGCUCGUCUUCAGCAAAAGAUUCACGACGCACGUGUCAACCUCAACUACACAAUCUACUACCCUCUCACCGAGAAAUAUCUGUCACUCUACCCAAAAUCAGAAGAGAAAUCGUCCGCAGAAGCCGAAGAGGACUCGGAGUCAGAGGGAGAGGGAAAGAAACACAAGAAAGAAGCAAAGGCUGCCAGGCCACCCCUUUGGUCUGUUGUGGAUAAGUGUAUGGCGGAAGACACUUUGGAUCUUCUACGUGAAGGCAAAUUGAACAUCGGACAUGAUGGCAAGCCUAAUUCUGCCGUGGAGAAAGCGAAGCCGGUACAGCAUGGGGAUGAAAGCAAGAAACCCAAGAAAGAAGUCAAGAAAGACGUCAAGAAAGACAAUAGGAAAGACAACAGGAAAGACGUCAAGAAGGACGAGCCUCAAGAGAUCAAACAAGGUACUAGACGGGAAAGGCGCGCAGCCCUUAAUGAUGCUCCCAAUGGUAGAAAGGACAAACAAAACCGAAUGGACUACGGUCGUGAGAGAGACCGACUACAGGAUGUGGCAGUCCAACAUGCAGGUGACGACAGUGAUGGUGGAUUUUUCGACGAAUAA